CCCCCCCCCUUAUUUCAAGCAUUACAUAAAUAAAAAGUUGCUUAUGGAACAAACGGAAUGGCGCAAACCGUAUACUUACAUUGACCAUUUGCAAGGUGCUAGUUCAUGUCUAGAAGAAACUGUGCAAAAGCUCGCAGCAUCGGUUAAUCUCCUAAAUACAUCGACACAAGGCUACAAUCGGUUACAUAGAGUGACACAAUUUGAAGUGCAUUCAGAAGUCAUUCCUGUCCAGGACAUUCGCUACGCACAGAGUGAACUUUACAGUAAGCGCUUGCCCGAAAUCGAGGCCUUGUUAACACGAGCCGAUGCCAGCAUCAAAGCACUUGAGAAGGAAGUACACGUGUGGGAGUCCAAGGUAGAGGAACAAAAUACACAUAUCAAGGCAUUGGAAGAACAGAUCGGACCGCAGGAACAGGAACAUCAACGAAAAAGACAACGAAAACACCCACAGCAGCAGCAGCAGCAGCAGCAGCAACAGCAACGGCCCUCAUCAUUGUCAUUCCAACCCUUACACAAUCUACAACAAAAGAAAAGAGCGUUUGAGCAGGAACUCGCGUCCUUGAAAACACGUGUCGAUCGGAAACGAGCAGAAUGUCAAAACCUUCAAACUGAAAGAGAUAAAGCUCAAGCAACAGCAGCAACUGAGGAGGCAACAGCAGCACAAGAAGAAGAAGAAGCUGCAGAGACAUCUUCCGCUAGUAGUGCUGUUGUGAAUCACGCGGUCUCUCAGACAAGUGACCAAACAAUGACAACAGAGGAGGAUGUCCAUACGCUCAAGCAGAUCAAGACGCUGUCCAAACUCCUUUUCCCUGCCGAAGCAUCCGCGAUGGUAGCACAACUACUGGAUCAACAUGUAAAAAUCGAAUAACCCCAUAAUAAUUUGAGAAAUGAAAUUGCGUAUGUAUAUAAAAAAAAACUUUGUAUUAUGUUACAGAUUAAAAUGAAAAAGAGCGAGAGAGGAGGAAAUGUGUGUGUGUGUGUGUAUGUGUUUGGAGAGAAAAAGGAGGCAAAUUAAUAGCGCUUGAUGAUAACGCGUUGUUCAGGAUCGUAUGUAUAGUGCUGGCGUU